AUGAGUUCAAUACACAAUACAGUCCAUCAUUGCUGUGUUGCAAAGGGCAAUCGCACCUUGUAUGCGUAUAAUGGGGGAGACCAUGAGAUUGAGAAUUUGGCAGCAUUGUGCUUGGAAAGCACUCCUUCAUACCACAAGUGGUAUUUUGAGACGAUUGCUAAAAAAACUUUUGGGUUUUUGAUAGAAGAUGGUUUUGUUUAUUUUACCAUUGUUGAUGAGGGUAUCGGGAACCCAGGGGUACUUCAAUUUCUAGAGCAUGUGAGGGAUGAAUUCAGGAAGGUAGCUAGAAAGGGUUCUAGAGGAAGUUUUUCUGGUAUGAACUCAAUCAAUGUACAAGAGCAACUAGUGCCUGUUAUUCGUCGCUUGAUAACUUCAUUAGAGCAUGUCUCUUGCAAUGAUUGGCUUGGUGAGAGUUCCUCAUCUGAUAAUGUAGGCCUCUCUCCAUCACCUGUUAAUGCUAAUCGACAAAUUGAAGUUGUCAAUUCUACCAAAGCUCCUUUGUUAGGUAAAUCAAACAAGCAGGAUAAAAGGAAGUCAAAGGAUCAUGCUAUUACCAUAAGAGAUAUUGAGUUAGAAGAGCAUAGAAAAUCUACCGAUAGAGGGGCGAAGCUUGAUUCAACUACAUCAGAUUCCAAUAAUCAAGGUGGAGUAGGUUCUUCAAUAUCCCUACAAAAGGAUUUGGGUUCAAUGAGGAUUAGAUCAAGCCCUCAAAGCAUUCGAAAGAAGUGGUGGCGCCAAAAGUUUCCUGUUCUUGAAUUUUUCGAAAUAAUCGGCUCCAUACAAGACAUUGCAAAUGAAGCGUAG